AUGUUAUACUCGUCUUACUCGGGCUUGUUAGAGUUCGAUCACUACGAGAACGACGAUUCUGAGAGGAACAAGGGGGACCCUAAACAUAACGGUCCCAUCAUGAGCAUGAUAAUCACAUUAACUGCGGUGGGGGCAAUACUGGUGGUAGCGAUCUGCAUAGCAUGCUGUUGCCGGGGACGGAACCGCGGGCGGGUGCUAUCGCCACCUCCCGCGGCGCCCCCGGCCCCCGCGCCUUAUCCACAACAGCAAUACACGCCUUACCCACAACAGGAGUACGCUUACCCAGUUCAAGUAGUGACCGCAUAUCCGGUCGCAUCACCGGCGCCGUAUCCGCAUCCGGUUGCUCCGUAUCCGGCGUCCACGGCGCCGUAUCCGGUCGCCUCGCCGUAUCCGACCGCUUAUCCGAACGCCGGGGCUCCGUAUCCGAUGACCGGGGCCCCGUAUCCGACAGCCGGCGCCCCGUAUCCGACUCAUCUACCUCAACCCAGCGCUCCGAGUGCACCUGAAGCGAAUGCGAUGCCACCGUCCUACGACCAAGCUGUAGGCAAGGGUUAA